AUGGUACAUGCGACAGGGCGCAAGAGCCAUUUUUCAUAAAUUCUGUGAGUGCGACGUUGUUUACAGUAUUAGAAGUUAUUGCUUAUUUGAUCUAAGUAAGGAUAAUGAAGAUAGUAAUGAUAAUGAUAUUGAUGAUAAUGAUGAUAAUGAUGAUAAUGAUGAUAAUGAUGAUAACGAUGAUAACGAUGAUAACGAUGAUAACGAUGAUAACGAUGAUAACGAUGAUAACGAUGAUACGAUGAUAACGAAGAUAACGAAGAUAACGACGAUAACGACGAUAACGACGAUAACGACGAUAACGACGAUAACGACGAUAACGACGAUAACGACGAUAACGACGAUAACGACGAUAACGACGAUAACGACGAUAACGACGAUAACGACGAUAACGACGAUAACGACGAUAACGCGAUAA